UCUAACGAACUGCUUGUAGCAAAUAUUCUAACAGCUUUCUUGCUGCGAAAACGACCCCAAACAGCAAACCCCUCUAUCUCUCUCUCUCACACACACAUACAUAAAGCGAAAUUUGAGUACCCGGGAAAUUUUGUAUAUAAUUAAAUGUGAGUGUUGAAAUGAGUGAGAGAGGAAAAGGGGAGUGUGGAGAGCAAGAAACUGAAGAAGAGGAGAUAAGAAGAUUGCUUUUGGGCAUUAUGGAGGGAUAUAAUGACAAUGUAAUCCCAUCACUAUCUUAUUUUUCUCCUUUUCCUGGAAUCUCUAUUGCUGAAAAGGGUUCAAGCUCAAGAAAAAGAGAGAAAGAUGAAAUUUCAUGGGUUCAGAGUUUGAUCAAGGAACGAAAAAGAAGGGAGCAAAUGAGUGAGAAAUUCUCUCUUCUUCAAUCCCUGGUGCCUACUCUUGUCAAGACCUUCAAGCCCCCAAAAGAGAAGAUUAUAGGGGACACCGUGAACUACAUAAAGUACCUCAAACAAGAGACUGCGAGAUUGGAGGGUCUAAAGAAAUCCCGGUGCAAAGAGCCGACAGUGGCAAAACCUGGUUUAUUCAAAUGUACAGAUGAGAACACCUCUGUGAAAGUUGCAGUCUCGAAUGGUGCUACAUUCCUUGCCGUUCAACUUCCCUUUAGACGUGGUUUAGUGCCGGAGAUUGUGAGGGUGUUUGAAAAGCAUCGGGCUGAGGUUUUGGAGGCAAGAAUAUGUGUUAAUGAACAGCAGCUGUUGACAUUCACAGCCACAAUAAUUCUUGCAAGUGAUGGAGAUAGUUCAAUUGACAAGAUACGGGACGAAAUAUUAACAUUAUAGAUACUAUAUAUGGAUUUAUAGA